AGGGGUUUGGCGGAGGCAGCUCCGGCUCCGGGUGGGGAUGGAGCAGGAGUGCGCCCGGCGCUGGAGCUCACGCUGCUGACUGCGCCAGCCGCUCCUUGUACUCCUCACCUCGCCGCCUGCAGCCCGCGCCGCCCGCCUGCUCCAGGACCAUGGGCAGCCGGGCACUCGUCGUCCUGUGCUUCCUCGUGGCAGGACUGAGGGCGCAGAGCGGGCCAACCUCACCUGUUUCUCUUCCGGCAAAAGCCACCUCCCUGGCUGCUCUCGGGACCAGUUCUGCAUCAAGCCCUGCUGUUCCUACAACACCCCCGGCCAGCAGCACUCAGGAUGCCUUGGAACUCCCGGUCAGCACAGCGCCCACACCGACACCACUCCCUAAGAACAUUACCUCUGAGCCCACAGAAGAGGCGAUCACCAGCCCAGCUCCCAGCCAGCAGGGCACUGACCCUGACCUUUCGCCCCCUGGACUCUCCUCAACAGCUGGUGGUGUCCCCUCAGCCCUCACACCUGAGGAACACAGCUUGGGUGGUCUUGGGGCCAGCGUGCCAGCCACAGUGUGGCAGUCCCCCACACCCCUGUCCCAGCAGGAUGCAGCCUCAUCCCCCUCAUCCUUGUCAGUCCUGUCAACUGUACCACUUCCAGCUCCUUCUGCCCCUGUCCCUUCCGAUGAAAACUCCCAGUUGCCCAGCAUCCAGCCGCCAGGGGCUCCCACCACAUCAGCAGAGGAGCCCAGCUUCAGCCACACAGCUGCCACCCAUGCCAUGGUGGAUCCGGGGGCCAAGGAGAACACAGCCCAGGAUGCUCAGCCUGGCAAGGGCAUCUGUGGGCCGGAGACCACCACCCCAUUCCUGAUCAUGCAGGAGGUGGGACACGCACUGAGCUCAGGCAGCAUUGCGGCCAUCACAGUGACAGUCAUUGCUGUGGUGGUGCUGGUGUUUGGAGUUGCGGCGUAUUUGAAGAUCAGGCACUCCUCCUACGGAAGGCUCUUGGACGACCACGACUACGGGUCCUGGGGAAACUACAACAAUCCUCUGUACGACGACUCCUAACAGAGGCAGGUGGCCUGGCGUGAGGAGGAACUGCUCUUUAUUUAUAAGUGCUUACUCAGUAGAAUUAAUAUCACGUACCUGAUGCGCAUCGAAUGACAAUCUCAAGUCCUGUUUCUUUGGUGUGGUUGUUAUCGUUUUCCUCUCUCUCCUCUGACGGCCACGGCAUCCCUUUUUUGGUAUGACAGAGCCCUGAUUUCCAGGUGAGCGGCACUGGGUUGGCAGUAAAGAGGCCAGAACUCUGCUGCAGGGGCUCUGGCACCCAACCUGGACCCACUGUGACGAGGACUGGGGAGAAGGUUUGGGGUUUCAGGGGGGGGAUUAAUUAAUUUUAUGGGAACUUUUUGGUUAUUUCUGAAACUUCUGUAUAGAAAAUUACAUUAAGAUCAACAGAGAGCAAGGAAGUUCUCCCCCUGCAGUGAGGAAGCAGGGGUUGCUCAGAUUCCCUUGUAAUCUGUUUACAAGGUCGUGUCUGACAGGAGGCUGCCCAGGCCUAGAGCCCACGGCUGCUUCUUAGCUAUCUAAUUAGUGCCAUGAAAGUGGGCCCUGGAAGGGGGGCAGCAGGCCAGGGCAGGCCAACAGAUGGCUGUCUGCUGUGUGUCUGCUUCUACCUGUUCUCCCUGCCAGGCCUGUCAGAUGCAAAUGGGAAGCCCCUGGGUUUCCUGUGAGGGGAUGCACUUAGUGACCUGAGAAGGGAGAGGUGUGAAGGAAAAGAGAUAAUGCGCCUGAGUCCCUCCUGGGGAUCAGAUCCACUGCCUGGAGGAGCCCAAACAACCCGUGCUUUACACCCAUAAUGCAACUGGUUCACUGCCUUAUUGCCUGUUGAGGGAUUGUUAUAAGCUGUUUUAAAAAAUAAAAAGGAGGCACCAGUUUAAUCUGCAUUUCCACAGGAAACAAGCACCAUGAAUAGUCCUUUUACUCGCUCAUACACUGACCCUUUAAAAAGUGAACACCCUGGAGAGCUGGCACUAAAAUCUUGCACAACAAGUAUUGAGAACUCACUGUCACUGUCACCUUUGAGAGCAUCCAUUUAUUUCAGUCAUUCUCAAACAAGAGGUGAUUUUUGCCACCCCCACGCCGCAGACAUCUAGAAACGAUAUUUGAUGGCCUCAAGUUGGGGUGACCACCCUGGCCUGGCCUCUGCUAAACAUCCCACAAUGCCUGUGACGGUGUCCGGUACCAGGCACUACCCGGUUGAAGCCUCAGAAGUGCCCUGGGAUUUAGCUCAGUGGUUCCGCCGCCUGCUUCGCAAGCGCAAGGUCCGAGUUCCAUCCCAGUACCAGAACAAGAAAGUGCUGAGACCGAGAACCCCAAUUCAUUGCAGGGCCCGUGACACAACAAGACACUCUCAGAUUAGUCCUCUCUUUUAUUUUGACAAAAAGAAGGGAUGUGUCAAGUUUCUGUCUUAGUUUGCCGGCUGAUGGGUUGUUUCUUGGUUCGCAUGGCUGCCCUCCUCGUCUAGGUGUUUCUGACUAUUGCAGGGCUCCGCUUCUGUCCUCCUCUAUCUUCUGCUAUUACCAACUGUCACCUCACAUCCUGAAUUCAUAGAGUAGAAAACACGUUUUAAAACAUGCCAUGCCCUACAGUGCAACAAAGAACAUGACACCGCAUCAGUACAGAUGUCUACACGUGGCUCUGCCCUGUGGCUCUGUUUUGGAAAUGACCAGGAGUAGCAUCCUUCUCCACAACCUGUGUCUAGCCUGAUAUUCCUAAGCUCCUUGGGUCCAAGGGGAGUUUUCCAGAGGUCCCCACAGCCAGAGAGGGGAAAGAAGGAGGAGCCGGCUGGAAUUAGGAGGUCUCUAAAUUCACUUCAGUAUGGGACAUCCCAGAAAUAAAGCGUUCCAGGAGCCCCUUGGCUGUGCUGGGCUUGAAGAACUGUCCCGCCCCUGUCCCGCCUGCUCCACUGAGCACUCUGUCUGGCCAAGGACAGGUCAGUAAAGACAAGGCCUUCCAUAAGAUUGGGUCCUCCUCGCUCAGCCCAAAACAUCUGGACACAAUGUCCGGGAAGCACAUUUGGAGAAGGGCACAUCUGGAGGCUGCCCCUGUCCUCUGUCCCAGGUCAUGGGGACUGUCUCUCCCAGGACCUCUGGCCUAUUGAGAGCCCCAGAGUGGCGAGUGCCUUUCCUUACCACAGGCCGCCACAGAGACAGGACAGGGCUGGUUUGUCGCUCUAAUUCACUUCUGAGGCUGGUGGCAAAGAGAGGGGUCUGGGCCUCACUGCAGUGCUCGGCAAGGUGAAAGAUUCCCAUGAAAAUUCAGACAUGCUUGUUGUGUUGGUUAAUAUUAAAUACUUAUGGUGCAACCUUAUUUUGCCAAAUGUAUUGUUCAGCCUUGGAGCUGGCCACUGAAUUUUAGUAAGUGUAUUCUACAAAAGUUACUCAAAACAUACACGUGUGAACUCACACACACACACACACACACACACCCCUGAAAUAGUGACAGCUGACAUCCUUCCUAUCAAGGGGAGCCCACCCCAUCCACCCGAGGGAAGCUUCCAUGCCUCUGACAGCCACGCCCACCAGGGCAGGACCCAUCCCCUCUGCAGAGAGGGUUUUGGCAUGGGAGGGAAGUAAGCAGCCUCCUCUCCAUCCGUCACGCAUGAGCACAGAGCGGAAGUCGUCUGUGUGUUCUUUCCCCCGGGUCUGCAGAGGUAUCCUGCCUUCCACCUGUAUCUGUGCUUCUGAGGAAGGCAAUGCUAUUGAACUGGCCUUGCCCGCUCCUACCUCACAGAGGUGCCAUGAGGAUUCAUGGAAUCACGUCCACAGUGUUUCCAGUUUCUGGAGAGACAUAUUUAUAGAGACUUUAAGUAUUGCAAUCGUAUAUAAGUGAUCUCAGUUUCUUGUUUGCUGUGAUACUUGGGUGUUGUCUUUCCUUAUUCUGUAAAGCUCCAGUUGUGUCCCAGCCACAUCAGACAGCUGUGUUUGCUCAGAACUGCCCCAUCAAAGAGGACCAGUGGUGGGGUUUAUGGUGCCUGGGGUCCCCAAAGGUGGUGUCCAUCUGAUGAAAGGACAGAUGAUGAGUUGGGACCCAAGAGGCCAGGAUAACAAGUGGUAGAGCAUUGGCCUUCACCACCCUGAGGCCCUCUGGAU